AGUAAAUCUUAACUCAUGUAAAUGAUUUUCUUGUUUGCUUUUUCUAGAAAUGUAUUUUUAGUUUUUGAGACAGGAUCUCACUAUUGCAGUCUUGGCUUGCUUGAAGCUCACUAUGUAGAUGAGUCUAGUCAUGAACUCACAGAAAUUCCCCUGCCUUUCUUUACCUCUUGAGAGUGCUGGUACUAAAGAUGUCCACCACCAUGCUCAGGCAGGAUGUACUUUUAGAAUUUACAUAUUAGAUCUGUGAUCCAGUUUUUGGUUUCCGAUAUAUUUCUGAAUCUGUUUGAAUCCUUUAUUCAACUGUUUUGUUGUGGCUUCUACUUUUGUUAAUUUUUUCUGGUGUUAGGAAUCAAACCCAGGGCUCCCUGCACACUAGACAUGCCUUAUAGCAGGGCUAUCUAUGCCUUAGCUCCCUGUUUUGUUUCUUACUCUGCUGCCUUUACUGAGUUCUGGUUUUUUUUUUUUUUUUAAGCUUUAUUUAUUUUAUGUAUGAGUAUACUGUAGCUGUAUAGAUGAAUGUGAGCCAUCAUGUGGUUGCUGGGAUUUGAACUCAGGACCUCUGGUAGAGCAGCCAGUGCUCUUAACCACUGAGCCAUCUCUCCAGCCCCUGAGUUGUGUUCUUUAUGAACCAUGAAUGUAAUCCUUUGUCAUAUACAUUCUGCCAAUUUUUUUCCUUACGUAUCUUUCCAUUUUCUUAACUUGGAAAAUUCAUCCUUUACCAGGAUCAAAACUAGUUUUUCUUUUAGAACAUUACUGUUUUUGAUGUAGUUUUUCUGUAUGGAAGUCGGUGUUUAUUUUUUCCUCCCAAACAAGAAGUCAGUUAUUUCUAUAGUAUUAUUGCAUAGAUUAUCAGUUCUGGAGCUUAAUUACCAUGCUGUCUUUGUUGGGUAGCCAUUAGCCAGAGUAGGAGGGAAUUCAGCUUACUUUGUUAUAUUACCCAUCUAUUAACACUCUAAAUCACCUCGGAAACUUGGUUUAAAAUAAAACAAAAGUCAUCGUGCUCUCUGGAUCAAGAAUUAGGGACCACCUCAGGGCCUCCCUGAAGUUACCUCAGACUCUGUCACCAGAAGUCUAAGACAGAUAUGCAGCGUGUGCUUAUGUCAUAAAGCUCCUGUCUAAAGUAGGGACCUGCAUUCCAUACUGAGCGACCUCUUCAUGAAGCACCUUGGAAGUUCUUCUUAUUUGUAAAAUGAAUGAAAAUAAACCUGAUAAUUCACAAAGUCUUGCCUGUGUUUUCUGCCGAAAAAGUGACGACUGUCCCAAUAAAUACGGAGAAAAGAAAACGUGUGAAAAAUGGAAUUUCAGUGUCCACUACUACUGCUUGUUAAUGUCAAGUGGGAUUUGGCAGAGAGGUAAAGAAGAAGAAGGAGUCUAUGGCUUCCUCAUAGAAGACAUCAGGAAGGAAGUCAACAGAGCUUCCAAACUGAAGUGUGCCGUUUGUAAGAAGAAUGGUGCUUCCAUUGGAUGUGUGGUUCCCCAGUGUAAACGAAGUUAUCACUUGCCUUGUGGACUUCAGAAAGAAUGUAUUUUCCAGUUCACUGACAAUUUUGCGUCAUUUUGCUGGAAACAUCGACCGGUUCAAGCAAUUACAACUAAUAAAUAUAGUAGCUCUUUACCAUGUACUAUUUGUUUGGAAUUUGUCGAGCCUAUUCCUACUUAUAACAUAUUACAAAGUCCCUGUUGUAAGAAUGCUUGGUUUCAUAGAGACUGUUUACAGAUUCAAGCAAUAAAUGCAGGAGUGUUUUUCUUUAGAUGUACACUCUGCAAUAAUAGCGACAUCUUUCAGAAAGAGAUGCUGAGGAUGGGAAUUCAUAUUCCUGAAAAAGAUGCAUCCUGGGAAUUAGAAGAAAAUGCGUAUCAAGAGCUGUUGCAGAGCCAUGAACGCUGUGAUGUUCGAAGAUGUCACUGCAAAAAAGGCAGAGACUACAACGAACCUAAUAGCAAAUGGGAAGUAAAACGAUGUCAGUGUUGUGGUUCUAGUGGAACACACUUAGCCUGUUCCUCCCUACAGUCUUGGGAACAAAAUUGGGAGUGUUUGGAGUGUAGAAGAAUUACCAACACUUCAGAUUUCCAAAAGGCCCCCAAACACCCAUUAGCCAACUCUACUAAUGUGACAGUUACUGACUGCUUGUUGGAAGAGUCAUCACCUAAGAUUCCCAGACAGUCAACUGUAGCCCAGCAUAAAGAACUACUGAGGCAAGGCAGCAAAUUUAGGAGAGACAUUUCAACAAUAUUGAUAGAGUUAGGAUUCCAAAUUAAAAAGAGAGCUAAGAAAUUACACAUCAACAAAGCCAAUGUGUGGAGGAGUGCCUUAGAGCAGUUCCAGAGCCAGAAGUUUAACCCUUCAUACUCCAUUGAAGUAGUGUAUGUUAAUGGCAAUGAUGAGGUUGGAAGCAAGCAUCUUGGAUCAAAGCAGGAAUUUCUGAGUCACUUAAUGCACCAUCUUGAGAAUUCAUCAGUGUUUGAAGGGUCCUUGGCAAAGAACUUGUCUCUAAAUUCUCAAGCUGUGAAAGAGAAUCUUUACUAUGAAGUUGGCAAAAUGCUUGCGGUUUCUUUAGUUCAUGGCGGUCCUUCACCUGGUUUCCUUUCUGAAACCUUGUUUAAGUGCCUUGCUUAUGGGCCAGAGAAUACUCUACCAACUUUGGAUGAUGUGUCAGACCUUGAUGUGGCACAGAUGAUAAUCAAGAUAGAUACUGCAGCUGAUUUAAACAUUUUAAAGUCGGUAAUAAAUGAAUACUAUAACUACCUAGAGUUUAGUGGAUGUUUAAGACUUAUGACAUCAUUAAGUGACAAAUACAUGUUGGUAAAAGACAUCCUUUUUUACCAUGUAAUUAAGAGAGUCAAAGCACCUUUUGAGAGUUUUAAACAGGGUCUGAAAACACUUGGUGUUUUCGAGAAAAUUCAAACUUACCCAGAAGCAUUUUAUAAGAUCCUCUGUCAUAAACCUGAGACUCUGUCUGCAGACAGACUCAGUGAUCUGUUCACAAUUCACACGUCACCGAACGUACAGACUUUGAGGUUUUGGAACAGCUACUUAAAGGCUAUAGAGGAUGGUAAAUCUGCAACAACAAUGGAAGAUAUUCUUAUUUUUGCAACCGGUUGUAGUUCCAUCCCACCUAUCGGGUUUAUACCCUCUCCGUCAAUUGAAUGUCUACAUGGGGAUUUUCCUGUUGCCAACAAAAGUAAAAACUGUUUAGUUCUACCAGUCACCAACACAUAUGAACAAUUCCAAGAAAAUAUGGAUUUUGCCAUAAGAGACACUCUAAGACUAGAAAAGGAAGCAAGGGCUCCCUUACUACCUCGGACAUUAAAUGUUUCUUCUAAUGAAGAAAUGCUUUUUUAAAGGCUGCUACUGAUACCUUAUUAAUCAUCACUUCUGAACAUUAUGGCCCAGCUUCUUGGCACAACAAAAUUUAUGACUUUCUCAUAAAGGGAUGGUUUGGCUUCUGAA